GAAAAGAAAAAGAAGAAAAGAAAAAAAGAGGUCGAUCGAGGAAACGAGAAAGCAAGCAAGCGAACGAACGAGCGCGGUAGGAAGGAGGGGAGGGAAAAAGGCGAGUGUAAAGCAUAGGGGAGCGAGCGGGAGCAGGAUUGACGGGAUGCAGAAGAAACGGUGGCGCGCAAAAAACGCUUAAAGCGACAGAGAUACCAGGUUAAUUAGAUUAUCGGCGGUCCUGGCGAGUCGCUCUUGUGUCCGUGGAGGCUGGCUUGGUGAGCGCGACCAUACAUGGUCCACCGUCCUACGAAGAAGCGGCAGCGUCGCGUGGGAGGUCGUGCAGCUUCCACGCUGCUUUUUACGCAACUCGGGAAGACAGAUUCGUGUGCUCACCUUGGAACCCACACGCCGGCCGCGACUAUUAAACAGGCUGGCUGCGCGUCUCGUUUGCGAGAGUACCGGUCUGUCGAUUUGCCGACGAACGACUUUUCCGAGAAGGCCGCCGGCCGUCGCCGAUCCUCCACCUCCACCUCGGUUGAUUUCACGGUACGCGCGCGAUGAUCGCCGAUCACGACGAUUUCCAAAGCGAAACGAGUUCGCUUUAUCGCUCGACGAUAUCGAUCGAUUCUCUUGCGAGAAGAUAGACAAGACUCGAGCGGAUGUUCGAGGAGGAACGAGACGGGAGGAAGAUCGCGGAUUUCUCAGCGCUGCUGCUCUUUUUCUCCUUCUUUUCGUCGAGUCGAGCGAUAGUUGGAAAGUCGGGCGAGGAGCAACGACUCGUAAAAACCGCGAAUCGCGUGGCAACUUUCAAUCUCGAAGGUUGAAUGACUGCCACGCACGCCAACAUCGCGUUUCUAAGCGAGAUGCGAGAGCGUGCAUCCUAUAAAUCCAGAUUUCCGCGAUUCCAGUGAACCAGUCCGCGGCUGGCCCCGCGUAUAUAUGUCGCGCGGCUUCUCUCAGCCAGAUCAUUAGACCCGCAUUGGAGAGGAGCGUUAAGAGCCGAUGAAAGUGUAGCGGAAAGCGUGUUAUGCAAAGCAGCGCGCAUCCAUCGUCGUCCAGGGAACCAGAAAAGCCUGAUCCCGCUCUGAUCGAUCUGCGUGCGCUCCAACCACCGUCGGCUCCAUCGAAUUCGAGCGCCGAUCUCUCGCUGGGAAUCGCUGGCUGGCUGGUUUUAUCGCCGAUCGAUUCCGUCCCUGCCGCAUCCAUCCGCCAUUCUACUGGCUACUAUCGACUGGCGACUCUCGAAACUUGAAUCGAGCCCGUGCAACGGUACAUCCGCACUCGUGCGAACGCACGAGUCAUCGGAAUCGGCCAUCAGCAGAAUGACGCUGAAUGCUUCCUAGUCUCGCGAUCAACGACUUUCAUCGCGAGCCCCGUCGUCAUCGUGGCUGUUUCAGCCGGCAGUUUCAAGGCAGUUUCGUUGGCUGGUCUUGCCUGGCGAACUUUGAUCUCUCGAGGAGGUAUUCCUCUCUCAGCCUGAGGAAUCCCCGAGGAAUUGAAUUGCAAAUCGUUGGUGGAACAUGGCUCGGUUUCGAAGCGUUUCGAGGCUGGCGCGGUGAUCGAAAGUCGAGCGGCGGCCACGCUCGCGCUCUCGCGAUCACGUGGCAGCACGAGGCAAACACCAGAGGGAAAUAUGUCGGUCGCGGGCACUAGGAGACUAUGCAGAGCCGGCCUAGUGGCCGUGCUGGUUACCGCGUUGUGCGUGUUGACUCUGCUCGACUCGCCGCCGCAACUCCCGGAUCCACCAGCGGAUCCUCCUCCCACGCCUGGUGGCGAACCCCCGGGCACAAGAAGCAUCGUGGCUUACUCGUGGGCGCGGAGAUUGGCACUCGAUUACAGGCCCACUAAGGAGUGCGACGGUAAUGGAACGUAUGGAACGACGUUAAAUACGUUCAAGUUAGCCGACGAGAAGUGGCUCGAGACAAUCCCCGGACAGCUCUUCCUGUACAGUGCCCACUUGGACCUGAGAGUGGCCGGUUACCCGAGCCUAAGGGUGAUUGGCGUUAAACGUGGACCUUUGCCGACCUCUGGCCUUUUCUGCACCGUUUGGUACGAAGAGGACGAACGAGGCAGAGCGGUGAGCGUGGAAGCGCUGGUGUCGACGAUUUGGUUGGACGAGUGGGGCGAGACGGUGGACAGCUACGCGGGGAUCCUAGUCGGCUGUCAAUUACCACCGGACCCGGCGAUCGAGCCGUCCAGGGUGUACGUAGGCCUGGAGCCCUGCCACCAGGAUGCUAGUCAUAGUUUAGCGAUAAAAAACAGGGAGGAGAGAAACAGGACGGAGGGACGACGCCGUCAGUUCACCCUCUGUAUCAAGGGACUGGACUUCGAUGAGGACAUCUCCGCAAAGAUCGUCGCGUUCGUCGAGCUUCAUCGCAUACUCGGCGCCGAGCACUUCUACUUCUACGUGUUCAACGUGCACGAGAACGUGCUGCGAGUGCUGAGGCUGUACGAGAGCUCGCACGUGAUCAGAUGGUUCAAUCUGACGCUGCCGGGCGAUCUGCCCAACGAGAAGACCGCCAGGAGGCGGCUCCUCGCCGAGGACAUCUGGACCAAGAGACGCAUGGAGCUGAUACCGUACAAUCACUGCUUCUACGAUAAUCUUCAUCGGUCGGAGUUCGUGCUGCCGAUCGACGUCGACGAGGCGAUUGUCCCUGUCCGGAGGAACAACUGGCACGAGCUGUUGCUCGACGAGAGGAUCAAACUCGGAAGGAGCUUCAAGGACUUCGCCUCGUACGCGGUCAGGAACGUGUACUUCUUCCCGGAGCUGCAGCAGACCAGAAAUCAAACCGAUCGUCCUAGUUUCCAGUGGAACGACUCCAGUACGACCGACGAUACACUCCUCACCGGUCUCGAUUACCUGGACACGAUCAGAACCGCCUGUAUCUCGCCGGAGGGCGACUCCGUCAAGAGCUUCGUCUCGACCAGGCGCGCGUUAACCGUGCACAAUCACUACGCGUUGACCACGCUCAACCCGUCCACCAGACGGGCCCAUCAUUUCGAUCCGGACGACGUGCUGAAGCAUCAUCACAGAGCCUGCGACGAUAGACACUUGGACUGUGAAGUUAUGAUGGAGGACGUUAGAGUCGACGAGUCCGCGACGAGAUACGCGGACGAGCUUGAGCGGAGGAUGAGGGUGUUUUUCAACGACCUCAAGGCGUUCGCGUAGCAGAGAAAUUUAUGUACAUAAUAAAAUAGAAUUAACUCA